AGUACGCACGCGGGGCGUCGCGGGGCGCACAUAGCAGCCGGCCGGCCGCGGGGCAACAACACAGAGGCGGAAGUAGACGCAGGGAAUGCAGCGAGUGACGGCAAAAAGCGCAGUGGAACAGAGUGCAGUGAGGAGAGUGCCGCGCGCAAAACAAAAGUGCAGUGAAUGUCAAGGAGUGAGCCGCAAGAAGUGUCGAGAGUGAUGACAACAUGCAAAUGCAGUGCACUGUGGCAACGAAGUGCAGAAAGUGUGAGAAAAGUGCAGCAGUGAAUGCAGUGAGGGAUAAUAAUGAAAGUGAGUGACAAGCCAAGAGCCAAAGGGAAACGUGACAGCAAGACAGGUGACUCAGGGAAUGCGGUGACCGGCAGUGACAAAAAGUGUCUCGGCAGUGACAAGAAGAAAAGUGCCUGCGGGAAUGCGGUGACCGGCAGUGACAAAAAGUGUCUCGGCAGUGACAAGAAGAAAAGUGCCUCCGGGAAUGCGGUGACCGGCAGUGACAAAAAGUGUCUCGGCAGUGACAAGAAGAAAAGUGCCUCAGGGUAUGCGGUUACCGGCAGUGACAAAAAGUGUCUCGGCAGUGACAAGAAGAAAAGUGCCUCAGGGAAUGCGGUGACCGGGCAGAGUGCCGCAGAGUGCCUCAGAGGGAAUGCGCUCUCUGCUGGCGUUCGUCGGUCUGCUGGCGGCCGCUGGCCUGGUCCUCCCGGCACCCACAGACGGAUCCGUCCUGCCGGCGGCGGAACCAGGUCGCCGUCAACGCCGCUUCCACGACGCCGAGCUCACCGAGAAUGGGCUCGCUUCGCUGUCGCCCAAUGCCGCGCGGCGCGAGGACCCGGACACGGACGACGACGAGGACGACGAGGAGAUCCUGUCGCCCCACCAAUUCGCGGAGUGCUGCGGGCUGGCCGCGGACCCCACCUGCAGGCAGGCGUGCUUGUCCGCGCUGGGCGCUGCGGGCGGCGCCACCCUCGGCAAGGUGCUGGACGCCGUGCAGCAGGCGGGCUGCGGGCUGAUGCUGCAUGACCCCACGGACGCGGGCCGCCUGCACUGCUGCGGGCUGGCCAGGGCGUCGGCGUGCCGCCGCGCGUGCCAGAAGGCGUUCCGGCACGACUGGGGCGCGGCGGCCAGUGGCGGACCCCUGCAGGACUGCGUCAACCGGGCCAACGAGUCGGCCCUCGCGUCCUGCCUGGCGGAAGUGGACUACCCCUGCCGGCCGGCGUCCGCCUGCGCGGGCCUGGACUUCUGCGCGGGCGUGCUACGCGACGACGGCCGGUCCUGGUUCCGCACCUGCGGCUCGCUGGCGGACGCCGCGGCGCGCCACGUGGCCUCGCAGUGGUGGCGCGAUGGCGUGCUGACGCUGUCCGACGCGCACCUGCACGUGCAAGUGCCGCUGCUGCGGGGCGUCGAGUCGUGCCACCGCGGGCUGUGGACGGCGCUGGCCUGCCUCACCCACGCGCAGCCCUGCUCGCCCCGCGCCGGCGCGCUGCCCCUCUGCCUCCAGGACUGCCUCCGGCUGCUGCCGCGCUGCGUGCGCUGGUCCGCCGUGCCGCCCGGCUUCUCCGCAGAGCAGCUCUGCGCGCAGUUGGCCGGGCCGCCGCCCUGCGUGCCCAUCCCCGCCGCCCGCGAGGACGACGAGGUCGCCGCGGACGACCCGGAACCGCCGACGGCGGCCGCCAGGCGGCAACCGGGAGCACAGCAGGGAGCGGCGCCGGACGGUGACGCGGUGUGCAGGCUGGGCGCCGCGUCCGACGUGUCCGUGGCCGUGGGCGCGGCCGUGCGCGUGCCCCGCGAGGGCUCGUCGUCGCCGUGCUACACGGCGUGCUUGUGCGAGGCGCCGGGUGAGCGCGGCGCGGGCGCGGCGCUGGGGCGGUGCGUCGACCUGCCCUGCCUGCCGCACGCUAACACGUGCGCCCUGGGCCAGAGCACUGUGGAGCAUCGGCGCACCGUGGUGCAGGGCUGCCUGGUGUGCACGUGCUCCUCCGGCGACGUGCUGUGCACGCAGCGGCCCUGCGCCCUGGCGGUGGCGGCCGCCUCCAGCCGCUCUCCGUGCGGGUGCCCGCCGCACCGCGUGCCCGUGUGCGGCCGCAACGGCCGGACGUACGACAACGCGUGCCUGGCGCGCUGCGCCGGCCUCGCCGUGGAGGCCGUGGACGACAUGGCCCCCGGGCCGUGCCCCGCGCUGGACCCUUGCGCCGCCACCGCCAACGCCACGCGGUGCCCCGCCAACAAGCGCUGCCUCCCCGACCGCCGGCUGUGCCUCAGCCUGCUCGCGCAGCCCUGCCCGCAGUUCAAGUGCGUGGAGGCGCCGCCCCGAUGCGACCGCCGCGCCGACGGCCCCGUCUGCGACACGGCGGGCCGCACCCACGCCAACGAGUGCUCGCUGCUGCUGGCCGGGGCGUCGCUGCGACACCGCGGCGCGUGCGUCCCCGGCGGCCCCGUGUGCGGCGCGGACGGCUACACGUACCCGUCGCGGGGCGCGGCCGAGGAGGCCCUGGUCCUCGUCGACUACGCCGGCAAGUGCGCGCCGGACUGCGGGGCGGCGCGCUGCCCCGCGCUGCCGCCGGGUUGCAAGCGCGGCGUGCGCGCGUGGGGCGCGUGCUGCGACGCGUGCGUCGGCGUGCUGCACGCCGCCGUCAACACCAAGGCGCUGGACAAGGCCGUCCUCGCCGUGGGCAAGCUCGCCGAGCCGUGGCCGCGGGUGGCCUCCGUGUUCAGCCUGCGGGCCUUGCUCGGCCAGCUGCAGGAGCUGGUGCUGGAGGCGUGCGCCGUCCGCGGCCACGUCACGCGCACCGAGCAGCUCGUCGUGGUGCUGCGGCCCGGCGACGCCGGCGACGCGGCCUCGGUGCGCGCCUGCUACAAGGAGGCCGAGAGGUUGGCGGGGCUGUUCGAGCAGAGCGGCGCUCGGGUGCAGGCCAGCCUCCUGCUCAGCGCCGUCGUGGCCGUGGACCUGAUGCCCGCCCCCGUGCUCCUGGCCGACCCCGACAAGGCCGUCUCUCCGGACGCCGCCCCCGUCGGUGCCGUCCGCGCCGCGCCCCUGUCGCUGGUGCUGCUGCUGUUGCUGCUCCACUUGCUGAUCGGUGCGCUGCGCUCGGAACGCUGAGGACGUCUACCCACCCCCCAGUGAGACUGAAAUUAUUUCCACUGCUGAACUGUUGUUUUUGGUUGUUUGGUUGUUAUUUACUUGUCGGGACCUGAAGACUGAUGAUGCGCGUGUUUGUCUGUUUGUCUGUCACACUGCGAAACACAUCGAGGAGCCUGUUACGCAGUCUGGCGACCUUGCAUUGUUAUAAAGUUGUUUUAUUUUGUGGUUACCAAUUUACCAAGAAAGACUGUAAAGGUUAAAACUUUGUUGACAAUAAAUAAUAACUUGUUUCUUUUUUUUUCAAA